AUGCCGGCCCCAUCACCACUCAAGAUCGCGACCCAGGCUGUCUCGCGCCUGGUUACGGAAGAAAAGUACUACCAAAAGGAGCUCUCCUCGCAGAAUGCUCGCAUUGAGAAGCUCGACGCCGACAUCAAGAAUGGCAGCGACACGGACAGCAAUGCCGAAUUUAUGCUGAAGCAAGAGCAAAAAGCAAUGGAGGAGACAAAGGCCGUCUUUGGACCCCUGAAGCAACGCAUAUUCGAGGCCACCCAGCGGCUCGAGGAGCAAAUCGCCACGGCCGAGGGCGCCCAAGAUGCAAACCAGGACGAGUUGACCAAGGCAAAGGAGGUGCUCGCCAGUGCGCCCAAGGAGGAGGCUUGA